GUUUGUUUGGAAGAUAUUAAGAGGGCGCAAGAAGGGGGCUACCCAGAGAGACUGGCUCCCAAGCUUUUGCUGAGGAAAGCAGAGUGCCUCCUUUCUCUAGGGAGAUGGCAAGAGAUGACAGAAGUUCUUGGGAGUGUGGAAACGGCAGUGUCAGCAGGCCAGGGCCUGGAAGCACCCAACCACCAGGUGCUGCUCCAUAAACUGACUCAGCUGAAAGCCAAAGCCUGUAAAGAGAGGAGCAGCUUGGCCCCUGGACCCACUCUAACUCACAGGACAGAAGCCGACUCAGAACCCUGGAAAGAAAACAGCCAUGUUUCCUGCACCUCAUCAUCUGUGCGCUUGAACUUUUCCACCCACAAAGGGCGUCACUUGGUAGCCACUGCAGAUAUCCUUCCUGGUGAGCUCUUGGUGAGGGAGGAGGCCUUUGUGAGCGUCCUGCGCCCAGGAAAGCAGCUCCUCCAUGCCAGCACUGCCAAGGUCAUGUUGGACAGGGCAUCGGGAACUGAAGAUCUUCACUGCCACCACUGCUUGAGGCAGCUGCUGGCCUCCAUCCCAUGCCAGGGGUGCAGCUAUGCCAAGUACUGCAGCCACGUGUGUGCCCAGCUGGCAUGGAAGAGCUACCACAGGAGAGAGUGCCCUCUGGGGGGGCUGCUUCUCACACUGGGGGUCUUCUGCCACGUUGCGUUACGGGCCGUUCUGGUGGCUGGCUUUGCAGAGGUCAGGCACUUGGUAAAGGAGUGGUCUGCAGAGUCUCUUGCUGAAGCAUCAGUUGCCAGGGCAGUGACUGAGGGGGAUGCUGUCUGCAUCCCAGGCUGUGAUGCUGAGGGUCAGUACAGCAGUUCCUACCGCUCUGUCUUCAGUCUUUUGCCUCACAGUGAGAAGCAUAGUCCUGAGUUCCAGUUCCUUUGCAGCCUGAGUGUUGCAGCUUUGUGCAAGGGACUCAGGGACUCAGGUCUGGAAGCGUCGUUUCUGAGAAAGGACAUGGCUGACAACCAUAAUGGAGGAAGGGCUGCUGAGGCACCUCUGGAGUUGGAAGUCUUAGGCGAGGCCAUGCUGAGGCACAUGUUGCAGCUGCAGUGCAAUGCACAGGCGGUGACCACACUCCGUGUGUCAGGGUCUGAAGCAGGGCUGGUGACUAGCAGCGAACAGGUGUGCCUGGCCACAGCCCUCUUCCCUGUGCUCAGCCUCCUUAACCAUUCCUGUGACCCCAACACCAGUGUGGCAUUCAGUGGCCAAACGGCAGAAGUCAGGGCCUCGCAGCCAAUCCCGCAAGGGCAGGAGAUCCUCCACUGCUAUGGGCCUCACAAGUGCAGGAUGGGGGCCAAGGAGAGGCGCAAGAGCCUCCGUUCCCAGUAUUUCUUUGAAUGCCAGUGUCCAUCUUGCACAGAGGAGCUGGGUCCCAAGUCCAGAAACGGGGCAUCCCCCAGAAAGGAUGGCUUCUGCUGCCCUACUUGCAACGCCCCCAUGCAGGGAGAACGCCUGCUCCGCUGUUCCAGCAGCAGCUGCACAGCCCUACUCCCUAAGGAGGGCUUCCAGAAUCGGCUGCGUGAUCUUCGCCAGCUCACCAAGACAGCCAUGGAGCUU